CACUAAUAUUUUUUAUUUUUUCUUUACCAAAAUUCCAAUUAACCCUUCCACUCCCAUAUAUAAGCCAACUCUUUCCCCAAAACCCAGAAAAAAAAAAAAUUGAAGGAAUUUUAGAGAAUAUAUAUAUAUUGAAACCCAGAAACAAUAAAUUAAAUUCUGAAUUAAAUUCAGAAUUAAAAUGGAAGGGAUUUGCUGUACGACGUCGUCUAACUCAUCGUCAAGCACAGAAAACCCUAGUAAGAGAAAGCAAAGGCAGCCGGACAAACCCUACAGAGGUAUAAGGAUGAGGAAGUGGGGCAAGUGGGUAGCCGAGAUAAGGGAGCCGAACAAGCGCUCGCGAAUCUGGCUCGGCUCCUACUCCUCCCCCGUCGCGGCGGCGCGUGCCUACGACACCGCCGUUUUCUACCUCCGCGGCCCCUCCGCCCGCCUCAACUUCCCCGACUGCGCCAUCGAAGACGGCGGCGGCGGCGGCCUCAGCGAUCUCUCCGCCGCCGCCAUCAGGAAGAAGGCCACCGAGGUUGGCGCUAGGGUCGACGCGCUGCAAGCCGCCGACCGCCCCCGGCCCGACUCCAACAACCCGGGCCGGGUCUACGAUAAACCCGAUUUGAAUGAGUACCCUACCCCUGAAACUUCGGAGGAUAACUGAAAUUACUUCCACUAUGGUCCGUUAAUUUUGUUUUAUUUAUUUUAGAAUAUGUUAAUUUUGAUUUUUUUUAAAAGUUAAAUGUAUUUUGCAGCAGAGAUGUAUAAAACUGUACAUCUGGAGGAUAAAUUAAUUAAUUUAUGGCUU